AUGGCAUUAAAUGGGUCAUAUCAGCGCUCCAUAGGCAUGACUCCGUUCAAAUUGGUUUUUGGGGUAGAAAUGAAUCACCCAGAGUACCAGUCAAUCAAAGAAGCAGUGGAGCUUGAGUAUGUCAGGUGUCACGAGGAAGGUCAAGAAGAAAACCGGCAGUAUACAAAGAAGCAGAUACAAAAGGCGCAGAUUCAACAGCAGCGCACGUUUAACAAAUCCAGGAAGGAAGCCACAAGCUAUCGCCUAGGGGAUCUGGUCGCCAUCAAAAGGACUCAAUUCCUACCCACAUCAAAGCUGUGCAAGAAGUUCUUAGGACCUUAUCAGAUUGUAGGACGUGAAGGUAAUGAGCGUUAUAAGGUACUCAAAGUGGGAACACAAGAAGGUCCCGAGCGAAGCUACUCCUGUGCAGAAUACAUGAAACCGUGGCGUUCCGUCGACCAGGAUGAAUCUGAGGAGACAAGCGGAGAAGAUACCGCCUCCGAGGCAGACACUGUUCAAGGCGGGAGAGUGUGGGAUGGUAACACUGAUGACAGCCAGGCCGGACCAAGCCGAGGGGGUGACCUAUCCAUCGACAGUGAUGUUGUGACGGUCGACGAGUGA